AUGUCUGAGACAAGUCCGAGUCGACGAUCGAGACUUCUACAGGUUCUUCGGAAGCCAAAAUUCUUAAAAGGACUUCACAUCUUGGCAAUAGUUCUCGGUUUUCUAUGCAUUGGCGGCUGUUUUGUGCUUGCAAGUCUCACGUACAUUUUAUUUGGAGACUGUGAUGGCUGUGAGAUGGAAUCAGACGAUAAAGCUAUGGUAAAAGUGUUGAGGAUUCUAGCUACCGCUUCUUUCCUAUUAGGAAUUCUCUCAAUUGCUUUGUCACUGUGCUGUAAAGGAACACCUAGUAACAGUCUUACUCCUCAAGUUGUGGUUUCGCAGAUACCCGAAGCAGAUUUAGAGAAAUCGCCCGCUCCUGUGCUAGCUUAUAAUCACAUUCCUCAUCGGCAAGCGUUUGAUGCCGAAGAUUCGGCGAUGAGUUACAAUUUGACUGAAUUUGUAGCAAAUGCGGAUAAUAUAGACGAACAAGGUGCGUAUAAUUCAGCAAAUGCGGGAUUUUGGACGGAAGAAAUUGAUGGACCUGUUACACCGCCGCCAACUUACGAGGAAGCUCUUGUUAUGAAAUGGCCGGUUGUAACUGUUAAGGAAAACAGUUCACAGAACUCAGAGGAAACGGUCUCUUUCAACACGGGAUUGUAG